AUGUCUCUCGAAUCGCUGGUGUAUGCGUAUCUUCGCUCGCAUGGUCAUGCCGAAGCUGCUGAUCAAAUGAAGAAAAAGAACUCAAAGUUGGAAGAUCAGUCUGGUGACAAGUCCCUCGAGGAUAUCUACAAGGAUGCCACUGGUGAAAGUGACGACACUGAAAUGAACGAUGCUUCGAGUGAUUCUUCUUCUUCGUCGUCGUCGUCAAGUGACGAUAGCAGCAGCAGCGAUUCUUCUUCUUCAAGUGAUAGCAGCAGCAGCAGUGAGAGCGAAUCAGAAGAUGAAGUUAUGGAAGAAGCCAAGCCCAAGGAGGAAGAGUCUCCAUCGACCACUUCCAAGUCUGAAAGCAGCAGCAGCAGCAGCAGCGAUGAUUCAUCCUCUUCGUCAUCUGAGAGCGAAUCAUCCUCUUCAAGCGAAUCCGAAUCUGAAGAUGAAAAGGAAGAGGCCAAGAAGGAGUCUAGCAGCAGUGAUAGCAGCUCAUCAUCAUCCAGCGAAUCUGAAGAUGAGAAGGAAGAAGCCAAGAAGGAAUCUAGCAGCAGCUCUUCUUCUUCUAGCAGCAGCGAAAGUGAAUCUGAGGAUGAGAAGGAAGAAGCCAAGAAAGAGUCUAGCAGCAGCUCCUCUUCAUCCAGCAGCAGCAGCAGCAGCAGCGAUUCAUCCUCUUCCUCUGAAAGCGAAUCCGAAGAUGAAAAGAAGGAAGAUCAAGAUACCGAAAUGAAGGAGGCUAAGGAUGAAUCUUCAUCUUCUAGCAGCAGCAGCAGCAGCGAUAGCGAUUCUUCCAGCGAUUCGGAUGAUGAGGAUGGUGAUACCGAAAUGAAGGAAGCCAAGAAGGAUGAUUCGAGUGAUUCCGAUUCCUCCAGCAGCAGCGAUUCCGAUGAUGACUCCAGCUCCUCUGACAGCGAUAGUGAUGAUGAUGAUGAUGACAAGAAGGAUGAUAGUGGAUCGGAUGCUGAUAGUGAAUCAAGUGAUUCGGAAGAUAGUGACGCUGAUGAUAAGAAGGAGGAUGCCACUGAAAAGAAGGAACAAAACGAUAGCAGCAGCGAUAGCAGCAGCAGCAGCAGCAGCAGUGACGAUAGCUCGUCCGAUUCAUCUUCCAGUGACAGCGACUCUGAAGAAGAAGAAGAGGAACAAAAGAAGGAACAAGAGCAAGAAGAACAAGCUGAAUCAUCUUCUGCCAGUAGCACUGAUCAAGAAAACAAGGUUCCUGCUGCUGGUGUCAAGCAUAAACUUGAUGAAGAUGCCGAGAUGCCACAAGCCAAAAAGGUGUUCCGUGAACGAAAGCCUGGUACUCCUUUCCAACGUGUGCGCCCUGAGGAGGUUGAAUUUCUUGAUGAACGUUUGAAGGACAACACCUAUGUUUCCAAGGGUGGCUCUGAUGAGACCUCGUAUGGUUGGAAGGCUCAUGUUGAUUUGAUCAAGACACGUGGUGACAAGUUUAGAGCCGAAAAGAACAAAAAGAAGCGAGGUUCUUACCGUGGUGGUCGUAUUUCAAUGGAAUCACACAGCAUCAAGUUUGAUUAA